CGGUAAAUACGGAAAAUAUUAAAAGUGUUUUGAAUGUGUUUUAAAAGUGCUCAAGUUUUGAAUUAGUACUUCGUACAAAAAGAAAGAAAUAAGUGCUCAAUUACGCGUGUUUUGAAAGAUGUUUUAAUAUUCAAAUAAAAAAGUGAAGCUAAAGACCAUUUAAAAAACUUUUGUUUUUAAUUUAGUUUUGCUCAAUAGUAAACAAACAAAGUAAAAAUAGUGAUUUAAUAUAUGCAUAGGGGUUUCCAAUAAAAGCUCCAAAAGUGAUACAACGGUAGUAUUUUAAAAUUAUGUUCUCAAACAAAACCACAUAUGACAGCUCUACGAAAAUUUGGUCUGGCCCACAAAAGAAACCAGGACCUCUUGACAAAUACUCAUCUUUGGGUCAGGCUAUUUUUGAAAAUUUAACGAAUAAUCCGGAAAACAUUUGUCAGAUAUCAGAUACAGAUGGAAUAAGCUUAAAGAAUCAUGAGAUACUCACGUUAAGUGUUCGAAUAGCACAGCGUUUGGAAAUUGAAGAGGGAUCGAUCAUAGGUAUCAUGGCUGCUAGUUCUACUUAUCAGUCUUGUGUCUUGAUAGCUGCAUGGUUUAGGGGAAUCGUUUUUCAUCCAAUUAGUAAUUCAUUUGAUAAAAAGACAACUCAGCAUGUUUUUGGAAUAACUAGACCCAAGAUUGUUUUUUGCGAUGCAGAUAAUUAUGAGACUCUUAUGGCCGCUUGCAACGAAAUCAAUCUUCAUCCAAAGGUCUAUACAAUAAAGGGACGAGUUGAAGGUGUUGGUUGCUUAAAUGAUCUCAUGGAAGCUACAGGAAAAGAAGGUGACUUUCGCCCAAAGCAAUGCAAUCAAGAUGACAUAGCUGUGAUCAUGGGGUCGUCAGGAACUACGGGGCUACCAAAAGGUGUCUGUAUUUCAAAUAUUGCUCUUCUGAAAAUGUUUACACCCUUACCAAAUGGAACAGUAAUGUUUGCCUGUUGCAAUGUAGACUGGAUAACUGGCUUGAUUUUCCUAUUAUUCAGUAGCUUAUUUUGCGUGACAAGAAUAUGCACUGAGGAGCAGUUUUCCCCCGAAAUGCUACGUCAACUCAUCGAGAAGUAUAAAAUAAACGCAGUUAUGAUGUCGGGAUCGUGCAUGUCAAGAUUUAUAAAAAGUGGAGAAGCAGAUCUCUGUGAUUGUUCCAGUUUGCGUUUAUUUGCUGUUGGUGGAGGAAAUGUUUCGCAUCCCAUGUAUGUUAAGAUGCAGGAGUGCAUCAAAUCGGGUAUUGUACUCAACACCUAUGGGGGUACAGAGUUUGGAGGAGUCACAGUAAGUGCAAACAUCGAUAAACCAAAAUCUGUUGGUCAACUAGGUGCCGAAGUUAAAGUAAGAAUCGUCAAUGACAACUCCAACAAUGUGGGUAUUGAUGAAAUUGGAGAAAUUCUAGUAUCGAACAAUACCCAUUGGAAUGGAUACUAUGGAAACCCAAAAGAAACCACAAAUAUGAUUGAUUCCGAAGGUUGGUUCCAUACUGGCGAUAUUGGUUAUUUCGAUAAGGAAGGAGAUUUGUAUCUUGUCGAUAGAAAGAAAGAAAUAAUGAAGUACAGAGGAUUUCAUUAUUCAGCACAAGAAAUAGAAAAUUGCAUCUUAACAUUGGAUGGUAUAGCAGAAGUUUGUGUUUUUGGAACUAGAGUUGAUGAAUUUGAAGAUUUGGCAACGGCAGCGGUUAUUAGGAGGAACGGUUGUCAAAUAACUGAGAAAGAUAUUAGAGAUCAUGUGGCAAAGGAGCUGUCACAACCAAUGUGGUUGCAUGGAGGAGUAUACUUUGUUGACAACAUUCCCAAAACACCAAGUGGGAAAUAUCAAAGAUCCAAAAUCAGGGACAAUUGUUUGCAAAACAAAGAAAUUCAAUAAAACUUAAAUUUAAACAAAGCGCAGAAAAAAGAAGCUUUAUUUUUAUAGUGA